GGCCGCCAUUUUGGUGUGUGUAUGUUAGUGUGUGUGUGAGAGAGAGAGAGAGGACCAGGAGCCGCGGCGGAGCGGAGUCUCCACACACACACACACACACUCCGGUGUUUUAUAUUCACACACACUCACCUCAAACAUUCAACUCACCGCCGCCGCCAGGUUGGAGACACAGCAUGGCAUCGGAUCAGGUGAACGGUAACGGUGUGGACGAGCCCAUGGACACGUCCUCCACGUCCACACACUCCGAGAGCUUCCAGUCCUUACUGCAGGCGGGGCUACCACAGAAGGUGGCUGAGAAACUGGACGAGAUCUACAUUGCAGGCUUGGUAGCACACAGUGACCUGGACGAGCGAGCGAUCGAGGCUCUGAAGGAGUUUAAUGAGGACGGGGCGCUUCAGGUCCUGCAGCAGUUUAAAGAGAGCGACCUGUCUCACGUCCAGAAUAAAAGUGCCUUCCUGUGCGGUGUGAUGAAGACGUACAGGCAGAGAGAGAAACAGGGGACCAAAGUCACAGAGUCCAGCAAGGGACCAGACGAGACUAAGAUCAAGGCCCUGCUGGAGAGAACCGGAUACACACUCGACGUUACAACAGGACAGAGGAAGUAUGGAGGACCGCCUCCGGAGUGUGUGUACACGGGCCCUCAGCCCUCCAUUGGCACGGAGAUCUUCGUGGGGAAGAUCCCUCGGGAUCUGUUUGAAGACGAGCUGGUGCCGCUGUUUGAGAAGGCGGGUCAGGUCUGGGACCUGCGUCUGAUGAUGGACCCCCUGAGCGGUCUGAACCGCGGCUACGCCUUCAUCACCUUCUGUACUAAAGAGGCAGCGCAGGAGGCCGUGAAGCUGUAUAACAACCGUGAGAUCCGACCCGGGAAGCACAUCGGCGUGUGUAUAUCGGUGGCCAACAACCGGCUGUUUGUGGGUUCCAUCCCCAAGAGCAAGACCAAAGAGCAGAUCCUGGAGGAGUUCGCCAAAGUCACAGAGGGCCUGAACGACGUGAUCCUGUACACGCAGCCGGACGACAAGCGGAAGAACCGCGGCUUCUGUUUCCUGGAGUACGAGGACCACAAGUCGGCGGCUCAGGCCCGGCGGCGGCUCAUGAGCGGGAAGGUGAAGGUUUGGGGUGCGCUGGUGACGGUGGAGUGGGCCGACCCCAUCGAGGACCCCGACCCCGAGAUCAUGGCCAAGGUGAAGGUGCUGUUCGUGAGGAACCUGGCGAACAGCGUGACGGAGGACAUCCUGGAGAAGACCUUCGGGGAGUUCGGGAAGCUGGAGCGGGUGAAGAAGCUGAAGGACUACGCCUUCGUCCACUUUGAGGAGCGUGAUGGUGCCGUGAAGGCGCUGGAGGAGAUGAACGGGAAGGAGCUGGAGGGCGAGCCUGUGGAGAUCGUGUUCGCUAAGCCUCCAGAUCAGAAGAGGAAAGAGCGCAAGGCACAGAGACAAACUGUCAAAACACAGAUGUACGAUGAGUAUUACUACUACGGUCCUCCUCAUGUUCCCCCGCCCCCUCCCAGAGGACGUGGUAGGGGCGGAGCCCGAGGUGGCUACUCGUACCCUCCUGAUUAUUACCCUUACGAAGAUUACUAUGACUACUAUGGCUACGAUUACCAUGGUUACCGCGGCGGCUACGACGAGCCCUACUACGGCUACGACGACUUCCAGGUGCGGAGCCAGCGCGGACCGAGGGGCGGACCCAGAGGAGGACGCGGGGCGGGGCCUCCGAGGGGCAGGGGCGGGUUUCCCCAGCAUGGAGGAGGAGGAGGCGGCGCCGGACCGUCCGGAGGAGGCGGAGCGAGGCGGAGAGGAGGCGGGGUUCGAGGGGUACGUGGCCGCGGUGGGAAUGUAGGAGGCAAACGCAAAGCCGAUGGCUACAGCCAGCCCGAUUCCAAACGGCGACAGAUUAAUAAUCAUAAUUAUAACGGUAAUCAGAACUGGGGCUCGCAGCCGAUCGCACAGCAGCCGCUGCACGGUGCCAAUAAUUACGGCUACAAAUCUGACCAGGAGUUUUAUCAGGAUUCGUUCCAGCAGUGGAAGUAGACCAAACCCUAUAGCUUUGCUUUUGGUUUGAGUUUUAUUUCUCUAUAUAUAUUUUUUGAUUGGGCUCCAUAUAAAACAUGUCAGAGUUUUCAAAACGUGCUUCUUCUUCUUCUUGUACAUAUUUUUUAAAGCUCCAUGUGGACUUCCUGUCACACUCCUUCCACACACUGGGUUGUGUUUUAUUUUGUAAUUUGUUUUACAAUCAACUCGUACAUUUUAAUUCAAUUUGGAGGGAAGAAAAAAAGGAUAUAAAACUUUACAAUGUGCUGAAUCUUGUCUAUUGGCUAUUUCAUGUGUGUUUCUAUAGCAGGUUUUUGGUCUUUAUGUUUUAAGUAGGAACAAACUAAAGAAAAAAAAAAAACUAAAGAUGCAAACCAAAAGAAAACGAAAAAUUUGCUCUUUGUAUGUUAAUAUGCUAGUAAAAGUAGCGUGACUUGUUUUCUCUACAUUUUGGCUUGUAAUUCUUUUGCUGUCUGUCUGCUGCUCUAAAUAAAAACAUACACGCAUAACCGUGUACAAAACUCAA